AUGGUCGGACUCUCUAGGAGUAGUUUUAAUUACUAUGUUGAACUCAGCUAUGAUGGAAUCGGAAUUACAAGCUCGCAAAUGGCUGGCAGAAGCGGCUCUUCUUUCAGUCUCACACCGGGGAACCAAGAAGCUCUGGAGGAGCAGCUGCGUGUCGCCAAGUCUCAGGCCACUCCAAAACGUUCCGCCACUCUUGCUUCUGCUGUGCGGUCCAGCGUUGCGUCUAAACGAUCCAGGGUUGCAAGCGAUACGUCUGAUUCUUCUGCGGCCUCUGUAUCCGCUCAGCGCUCGCGUGCCCGCUCUGGUGUCCCCAAGUACAUUGACGACGCAGCUGCUCCUCCAGUGCUUUGA